GGCGACCAUUGUGAGGUUGCUUUCACAACACAACAAGUGACAACAUGCUAUCACGUCCGGCUCUCCACAAGUGAAGAAGAAGUCACCAAGAACUAAGAUUAAGAUGCUCAGGGAGAUCCGGAGCUAUAUCGAUGAAUCAGAGGAUGACAGUGAGGAAGUAAGGGAAGAGGCGGUUAGACUGGUGGACGCUAUAGAGAAACGAAAGAGGAUAGGAAAGAAGAGGGGAUUCACGGAAUUAGGGGCCGAGCAAUCUACAGGAAGACUCUACAGCAAUCAAGUUGAUACUCCGAAGAGAAAGCGAGCUGAAGCUCUGAAGACAAAGAAGGCAGGUAAGACUCCCGUGGAAGAAGCUGAGGACGAACAGGAUGAAGCUUUGAAGACGUCGAUGAAGGGUCUGUCAGCAGCCUGCUCCAACGAAGUCGGGGUUACAGACCUGGUGCAUGUUGAGAAGAUGCUCAUAUCAAGGUUCUCGCCGGCACUGAACAACAUUGGGAGGAAGCAGGGAGGCUCGAAGAAAAGUCGAAGGAAAGGAAAGAGGGAGAGAGGAAAAAGGAGCUUAUUCGCGGAUCAAGGUACGGUGAUUAGCUUCAAGAUUGACGGACAAGUAUCGUCAUCAUUACUUGAGAUAAUCUGGGAACUGAGAGGGAUCGUGGGAACACACCAGAUAGAGUCCUCCGGCGGAAAGAUGUGGAGUGAUGGAUGGCGCACCCUGAGAUCAAAGAUUGGGGAAACGACUAUAGAAAUGGGAGGGGUAGCGAAAUGUAUCAAAUACUGUCGUUCGAUGUUGGAAAAAGGUGGUGUUUUUAUGGUGAAGAAGGUGUGGAUUGCUUCAUCUGCGAUAGAGCACCGGAGAAACUAUCUGAAGAAAAUGUUGGCUCGGCCUUACCGUAUCAAGCAAGCAUACAAGAUGAAUUCGUCGAAAGUGAUUGCGUUGUAUCGGACAGCAACAUUUUUUACCAGGAAGAAAUCCAGGAGCAGUUUAAAGUUGAAGAUUGCGAGAGUCAUCCGUGCGAAGUUUGGUGAGGACAUCCAGAAAAGGUGGUUCGUAAGAAUUUCAUUCUCUCCGUUGGUAAGAGUAGCGAAGGUAAGGGAUCUCGCUGCAAAGAUUAUUGAGCAGGUCAUUCCGGACAUCUCUACAUGUAGGUAUGUAUCGGCCAGGGUAAGGGUGGUCAUUAUGAAGAGGAGGACAGUUGGAGACCUGAUACACAAUCACGGAGUUUGGGUGAAGCAGGACGCAACGAUAUGCACCUGUUCUACCUACGAUCUUCCUCGUGUUCAAGGACAUGUGAGGGCAAGGUUAGAUGAGGUUGCUCAUGCUCCCAGGUUUCUCCAUAACUCCAGGAAUGUCACGAGAGGGAGGGAGAGGAUCGACAAUGUUCUGAAGGGAGUUGUGGAAGCCGCAAAACCUUGGGCUAAAGGGAGGAGAAUCUGCAUAGAUGACGAGGAAGUGCAGGCUUGUUGGAUGAGGAAAGAGGGUAAUGCAGCAGGAAUGACAGAGGAACAGGUAAAGUCUUGGAUAAGAUGGAAUGGUGGGUACGUAAUCGAAGAAAGAGAGGACUGUGAGGUUUUGAAUGCAGGUAGAAGGGACUAUGUAGCUAGUGGGCUGACGAAAAUUGCGGAGUGGGGCAAAAAUGGGAGGAUUGGUAACGCAUACGUAAUCCCGAAAGAUAAAGAUCUGGAUCGUUGGAGGCCGAUUGCUCCAGCCACGACCGAUCCGGCACGUUUGGCAAGUGCAAGGUUGGGGAGGGCUGUGAGAUAUAUGCUUAUUUGCCUGAAGAAGAGUUGUCAUUUCGAUCUUACAGCCACUGAAGAGCUAUGUCAGGUGCUCCGACGUUGUCAAAAAUCGUUGGGGAAGGGGAAUGAUGUUGCUCUGGCGCGUAGCUACGAUAUAAAGGACAUGUUCGCUAAGUUAUCCCACGCAAGCGUGCAUGACUCAGUGGACUGGGUGCUGAACAUACAUGAGAGUAAGGGACUGCGAGCGAUCAGGGUGAGCAGGAGAGGGAGGGAAUGUAAGAUGACGAGGUCUAUGGCUCAUGAAGAUGGUUAUGUUACGAUGGAGUUUGAGCUGGUCAGGAGGAUGUUGGAGUACGAUCUCUCCCAUGCGUAUGUGAAGAGUGGGUCGGUAACCCUGCGACAGGUGUUUGGCAUUCCCAUGGGGAGGAGCUCAAGCCCGGCCCUGGCAUGCCUGGUAUGCACGAGAGCCGAAGCAGUGUUCUUGUCCUCCCUUGGCAAUGACAGACACCUGGUUGGGGGAGUCCAUAUCAUCGAUGAUGCGGCCAUAUUCGUGGGAGUAAGAUCUUCCGACAUUCGUGCAUGCGAAAAGGCUGCAGGUAUUCUGACGAGAUUUGAAAAUGCCCAUGAUGACGAACUGAAAUUGGUCAGAAAAGACAAGGACACAAAUUCAUUUGAAUUCUUAGGGGCAGUCGUGUAUGUGGGCAUUUGUCCUAUUGAGAUAAGGGUCAUACCAAAGACGAGGAAUCAAAGUCACUUGAGUCAGUUGCGGAAGAUCAGGAUCCACUCUCUUCAGGACUAUAACUCAUUCUCAUUCAAUGAAGAGAUCCGUUCUGGCUGCGAGCUUCCUAAGGAUAAGUCGGAUGGCCUCCACGGAGGAGGAUGCACUGGCUGCAAUUAUAGCUACGGUUAUGGAAGCAAACCUCCGGGGAUAACCCCCGGAGGUCUCUCUCGGUUCUCUAGCUCGUUUUGCUAGGGUGGUUGGGGGUAACUGGGGGGCUUUGCUCCUCAAUGUUUACCCCGGCCUGGGUAUGUACCUUAGAUAGAAAGAAGGUCAGUUUUUUCUGAAUACGAGUCGGUUUGAUAUAGCAAAUCCGGUGU